AAAUCUGACACCUGUCAACCGGCUUCAAAUUUCCAUGUUAUAAAAAAUAUUUAUUUUGGUUAUACUCCUUUUUAUUUUAAGAAAUUCAAGAAAAGUGAAUAAUUUUAAUAGAAUUAUGGCAUCACGAAUAAUUUGUCUAACAUUCGCCAGAACCCUACGUAAUCUUCAUAUUUCCCGUCAUCCAUCGCUGCUAACAAAAUCCCCAUUCCCAUUAAAACCACACAUAACUUUUCUUCAUGUAAAAACCUACGACAAAGAUUUACGUUUAAACGAAGAACCCCAAAUCGAUAAACCACCUCGUAAAACUGAAAAUCCAAAAGAAAUUCCUAUUCUCUCAACCAAUCCCGAUGUUUUUGGUGAUGCUGUCAUAGAUGACACUCCACCAGAUCCAGGUGAUGUCAAAGAAGACGAAUACAUUCAAAAUCCUACCAGGCGUACAAAAAAAGUACAAAUCAAAGACUAUGCUAAAAUGAUUAAAGAUCAUUUAAAUAACAACCGGCUUAAAGAAGCUAUUGAUGUGUUGGAAGUUAAAAUGUUAAAAGAAGAUCGUGCCAAACCUGACACUUAUAUUUACAAUCUUUUAAUAAGUGGUUGUGCCAAAGCUGGCUACACCAAGAAAGCUUUUCAGUUGUUUAACAAAAUGAAACAACGUAAUUUGUCACCAAAAGGUGGAACUUACACUUCGUUGUUUAAUGCUUGUGCUAAUGCCCCUUCGAUUGGGGAUGGUCUGACCAAAGCCAAUCAUUUGAGGGAAGUUAUGUUGGAAAAGGGGUAUGAGCCAAAUGCUGUUAAUUAUAACGCAAUGAUUAAGGCUUAUGGUCGAAAUGGCGACACAAAAACUGCUUACAUGCUUGCCGACGAGAUGUUGGACAAAAAGUUGAAGGUUACCACUGAUACCUUUAACUUUUUGUUGCAAGCUUGUGCGUCUGAUAAGCGUUAUGGUUUUCGACAUGCUCUUUUAACUUGGCAUAGAAUGCAUAAGAAUGGAAUAGCUCCGGAUUUCUAUUCGUUCAAUUUGAUAUUGCGAUGUGUUAGGGACACCUCGAUUGGUGAUGUAGAGACCAUGGAGGGGGUCCUGAGGCAUAUCUUUGAUGGAAGCAAAGAUAUUCCUGUGAUUGGGUCGACUGAUCGACUUCAAAUUGCUGCUACAUCAAAUGUUGGUAGUGAAGUCGUUGUUGAAACCCCAACAGAAACUAGAACUCCAAACCCUUUCAACGACAAAAAGACCGAAGUUGUACCCGCCUCGACAUCCAUUGAACAAUCCAUUACAAAUUUACCUCGUCCAGAAUUUGAGACGCCAAACUUAUUAACAAGUCGCCCUCAUCUCGGUAGUCUGAUAUCGCUCGAGGAAGUCCAACAUCCUCACGAUAGACUUCUCCUGAUUGGAGGUUUUUCAGGAUUCUUGUUGGAGAUGAAAAAACAUGGAAUCACUCCUGGAAUCGAGACAUUUACAACACUUCUCGAAGUCAUCCCGCCAACGAAUGCUGCUGAAAAGCAACUCAUUCAAAUGGUUCGGAAGAUUGGCCUCAAAUCCGAUAUUGACUUCUUUAAUAUAUUGAUAAAGAAGAGAAGUAUGAGAUUUGACUAUGAGGGAGCCAAGGAGGUUCUUUCGAUGAUACAAACUGCUGGAUUGUAUCCGGAUAUUGUAACAUAUGGAGUUUUGGCGUUGGGUUGUAGAACACAGGAAGAAGCUAGAGAAUUGAUUGGAGAAAUGAAGAGCAAGGAUAUUAGAAUGAAUGCACAGAUACUUGGAGCAAUGUUGCGUCAGGGUUGUGCUCAGAAAGCUUUUCCAUAUAUUUGUGAAAUUCUACAAAUUAGUUUAGAUGAGAAUAUUCGACCGAAUGAUGUGUUUCUUCGGCAUUUAGAUAAUUUUUAUAAACAAUGUGCUCAGUUGAUUGAUAUAAGACACUUUUCAACGAAAACUAAAACAUUUCGAAAAGAACAUGCACAAUUUUGUAAAAAAUAUAGAACAUGGCAAGAAGAACAAGGAAUUGAAGGACUUAAGCUAGAUGAUGCAAUUAAAAAGCUUAAACAAAGGCCAUAUCAACAUUUUAAAGAGGAUACAGUGGAAGGAUUAGAAGAUAUUAAAAAUGUUAAACUAUCGAAAAAAUCCAAAAUGCGAAAGUAUAUUAAGAAAAUUAAGAUUGAAAAUUUGAAAGGAGAUCAAAUAGAUCAAUCAACUGAACUAAAAAGAAUUGAACCAGUUUGAUAAAUUUAGGUUUUAGUAAUUAAGAUUAGUUUUGCUUGAUAGUAUUUUAAGGAUUAUUAAAUCUUUAACGACUUGUUA